UUCAAGUGCAACAAUAUGAUAGUGAAUUGCGAACAUUAUGCAAGAAUAUAAUUCUACACAAUUAGUAUAUAAUUGGAAAGAAUUAAAAUUUUCUGAAUGAAUAUUAUUCAUGUGAGCAAGGAGAGCAAUGAAAAUUGUGAUUUUUUUGAAUUUGAAGAGAAUUCAGUGAAAGUCGGCAACGAGAAGAAAAUGUCGCUGGAAGACGAUACGAGUAGACGUAGGGAACGUUUGGAAACAAACAAUACAAAUAGUAGAGAUAAAAAUGGUCUUGAAUUCGGCUUGAUAUGGCUAACAGGAAAAUCAAGCAACAGAUAUGCAUUUAGAGAUGAAAAAAAAGCAAAUCUUCAUGGAAAUUUCAAACGGCAUGGAAAAGGAGAAUACGAUAGUUUGUCAAGUCGCUCACACAGAUUCAAAGUGAAGGGAUCAAUUGACCGAUAUGGAAGACGCGCAUUCCAACAUUCAAAAAUACAGAGAGGUGGAAAGAGAAAGAGUUACUCGAAAAGAUUCUCCUAUGAUUAUUUCGAUAUUAAUGGCGGUGUAUCUUCCAGACGUAAAACUAUGGGAUUAGGAACAGACACAGAGAGUGGUCAUCACAUUGAAAUAAAGUUAUCUUCGGACAUUGAUAACAAUCACCAAAAUUCGGAUGGACGUAGGGAUAGUAAUUUUGACCGUCGAAGAUUAACUGAUGAUCGAGAAACUCGUACUACCCAUAAUUCAUCAUCGCUUCAGUUAGGAAAUCCAAUAAAAUAAAACAGCGCUUAAUAUUGUAUUGUUUAUUCAAUGUUUAAUUUAUUUGGCGUUAUCAAUGGUUACACAUGUUGAAUUGGUGAUGAAUGAUUUAUGUUAUGCAGUAAUUUGUCCACAUCUCAUUAUGUAUCAGCGAGAUGACUAUUGAGAACCAGUAAAAUUAGUGUAGCAGUUUUUUUCCAUACAAAACUCUACUUUAGUAUGUAUUCGUUACUCGAACACGAUCUGAACACACGAAGUUUCAGUAUCAUUGUAGCCAACUUAAUUUCAUAUCACUGUGUCGUUAUCACAGAUAAAUCGCUAAUUUUUCAUUAGUUUCUUAUGCUAGUUAUAAAACUGAGUUCAGUUAUAAUGUAGAUCUUGAGAAUAUAAAUCUAUCGAAAUUCACAAUUAGAAUGGAUUCAGUUUCACAAUAGAGCAUACAUACAAUAAUCAUACAACUUGAAUUCAAAGAGCUGUAAAAAAUUACGAAGUCAGUUAUGUAUAGUAAAUAUUGUGAGAUAUCUAAAAGGACAGUAUAACCGACAGAUUAUAUGGACGUUAAGUAAUUUUAACCAUCAAAGCACCAGAAACUGCCAUGAUGCUCUUUUCACUAAAAAUUCAUCAAUGAGUGACUGUUGAUUUCGAAAAAUUUAACGUAACAUGAAAGUCGUAUUCGUUGAACUAUAUUUAUCUAAAAAGCUGUAGAACAAUGUAUGAGGAGGUACUUCAACGACCAUUCCAUACAUUCCAUCAUGUACAGCAUUCAUCUGAAAGGUUGCGAAUGCUGAACCUAUUUGUUUGAUUUUUAAAAAUAAAACGAACCCAAUAGUUCAUAUCAUAGAUCUGAAAGUAAUUUCAAUAAUGCUGUUCAAAAUGUAUUCUUUUACAUAAA